AUGAACUGUAAUACCUAUUUUCUAGAGAGUAAUAUUUUACUAUUAUUUAAAGGACCUAAAAUUAAGUUAAACAAAAUAAAUCAACCAUAAUGUACACCAAAAAAAUAGUGUGAAUUUUCAGUUUAAAAAUAUAUAAAAACUUAACCAGAUGAAAGAACAACUACAAAUAAUUUAUCUAGAAGAUUGGAUUCAAGUUAAGAAACAAAUAUGGUAAUUAUAUAUUUUAAUGAAUAGAUUCUUGAAUAACGACUACAUUGGAUAGAUUAAUUAGCUGAAUCUCUAAAAUCUAAUCAAUCUUUUGAAGUUGCAAAGAUACUUUAAAGUUUAUAAUAAAUGGCUGUAACAUUAAAAUAAGCUUCAAAAAAUGAAAUUGAGUUGAAUCAAAAAAAUAAGUUAUUAAAUAAAAGUACUUUAGAAACUAUUUCAUAAAAAUAAAUUAUUCAAUAACUUAAAGAAUAAUAAGUAUAAUUAAUAUAAUAAUUUAUAGAAUCAUUUUAAAUAAGAUAAUUUAGAUUAAUCUAAGAAAUUACAUUUAACUUAAAUGGAAUAAUAAAAGUUAUAAAGAGAUUAUCUUUAUUAGAAAUAAUUAUGUGAAGAAUAUUAUAAGAAAGUUCGUAGUCUUGAAAAAAGAAUAGAGAUGAUUUUAGAAAAGAAUUUAUCUACUCAUCAAGAUGAAUUAAGAAUGACAUUAUCAGAAUUAGUUAAGGAUAAUGAAUAAUUAAAACGUAAUGUUAUCAAAAGAGAAAAAGAAAUUGAGAGAUUAAAAGAAUUAAAUUAAAAAUUAAUUUAAUAAAAUAAUAGAUUAUCUAAAAAAUUGGAUAAUUUAAAAACUAAAAGAGUAGGAGCUAAAUCAGAUAAUAUUGUAUUUGAAGAAAAUUAUAUAAAUAAUUAUGUUUUUGAUCCAAAUUAAUUACCUUAAAGUUUAGAAUUUAGAUUAAGUUAAUUAACUUCUGAAUAAAAUGAUUUUUUAAUAGAUUUAAUUGAACAUGGUGCUGAUGUAUUCACAAAUUAAGUUAUAUAAUUAGAAAAUAUGUAAUAAAGAAAAGAUUUAAUUAAUUUAAUUGCAAGUAAUUAUUUAUAAUUAUAAAGAUUAAUUUAUAAGUUAAAGAGAAUUUAGUGAAAAAAUUAAUUAAAUUAUGAAUGAAUUCAUUACAUUAAUAAGUUAUAGAAAUAUUAAAGAUUUCUAAAUACAUGUAAGUAAAGGAUUUAAAAUAAUAUUUUAAACUGAAACUGUUCAUUUAUGGAUUAUAGAUGGUAUGACAUGUAAAGCUUACACUCAUGAUGCUAAUGGAUAAUAAUAAGUAGCAUUAUUGACAGAAGGUGUAUUCUAAAAAAUUGUUUAUGAAAAUUUUGGAAUCAAAAGUCCUUCUAAGGAAUAAUAACUUUUAUACAUAACUGAAGGAUCUAAAGUUUAUGGUAAAAACUUUUUAUUAUUACCAAUAAUGAUGAAUACAAAAAAACCAUGUGGUUUAUUAGAAGUAUAAAUAUUUAUAUCUAUUAUAGAUAUAAAAUAUUAAUGAUGAGAUGAUAAUAGAUAUGUAAUACUAUGGAUUAUUAGUAAAUAUGUUAAGUAAAUCAGUUAUAACAAGUAUCCUUAGUUAUGAUGCAUUAUAUAAGGAAUUAAAAUAUCAAGAUUUAUUUUAUUCUUCAUUUUUAAAAUUAAGUUAAUCUACUAAUUUUGAAGAUUUUGAAAUGAAAAUCUAAGAUUCAGCUUAUAGUAUAUUUUAAAUAGCAUAAACUACUUUAAUACAUGUAGAAAAUAAUCAAUUCAAAAAAAAAGGAUAAUAUUAUGAUAUAAGAUCAGGAUGUGCAUAUUAAGUGUAUAAAUCACAAAGACCAUAAAUUCUAACUUCGAUUACAAAACAUUUAAAUUUUGAUGAGAAUAUUGACAUAUCAUCAAUAUUACCUGUAUUUGCAGGUCCAAUAAUUAAAGAUAAUUAAGUAGUUGCAAUUUUGUAAUUUAUUUUGAAAAAAAAGAAACUUCAAGAUCAACAUCCAUUUGGAUUAUAAAUUUAAAUAGGAUUUAAAGUAAACUCAAUUGAUGAAGAUGCUUAAAAAUUUUAUGAUCUUGUAAGCAAAGCUUAUUGCAUUGCUUUUAGAAAAUGA